AUGGUUCCUCCGUAUACUGCGUUUGUUGCAUCGCGCCCACCUCUUUCUGACAUCGCUGACAUCAGCAGUGCAGCAGGACUGGCAUUGGACGGGUGCCAGAAGCACCCGUCGCUGAUAACUGCUGUUCUCUCCACUUCCACUAUUCCGUGCCCGGACUGCAGCGGCCAGGGCUGGCUGCAGUGCGACGUGUGCCAGGGGGAGAGGGUUAACGUGAAGGUCAACAAACGCCUCUUCCGCCGCUGCCCUGGCUGCUACGCCCUGGGGAUGACGCUCUGUCAGAAGUGUAAAGUGUACAAAUGUGUCACAUUUCCAGAUGGCGUUGAUGGUGGUGCUGUAGACGAGCUGACGGAAGAACGAAAAGCUUGGCGGAAGAACCAUCCGCACGGAUUUGUCGCCAGACCAGAGGCUAAAGAUGAUGGCUCGACAGACAUGAUGACAUGGAAGUGCGUUAUACCUGGAAAGAAGGACACGGACUGGGAAGGUGGCCAUUAUCCGCUGACGAUACACUUUACGGAAGACUACCCAUCGAAGCCGCCAAAGUGCAAGUUCCCUCCAGGCUUUUUCCAUCCCAACGUAUAUCCGUCAGGCACGGUGUGCCUCAGCAUUCUCAACGAAGACUAUGGAUGGAGACCAGCCAUUUCUGUGAAGCAAAUCUUAGUUGGUAUUCAAGAGUUGCUUGACCAGCCAAACCCUGCCGACCCAGCUCAAACUGAUGCAUACCAGCUCUUCACUCAGGACACGGUGGAGUACAAAAAGAGGGUCAGGGAGCAGGCAAAACAAUACCCUUCUCUUAUCUGA